AUGCGGCCUCAUUCUGAUUCUGAUGUUGAUGAUGUGGAGAUGGAAGAUUUCGCGGAGGAGGAUGAGAGCGAGGAUUAUAUCCAAGACGAGGCGAUCAUGCCGGCCUCCCUGCGUCCGCCUGCUCAUGGACAAACCGAGGAUCCAUGGGGUGGGUUCGUGCUGCUCGACUUGACAGCCUACAUGGCCGACCGCCGCAACGCCACCACCGCAACCUGCAAGAUGAGAGACGGCAAGGGGGUUAUCCAUGUCACCUUCUGCACCGCCGGCCCGCCGUUGGUCUCCUAUUUCUGCGUCCACUGCACCGGCGGCUUGAAGCUCUCCGAGUUGGCAUUGGAGCCAGAGAUCAUCGCCACCGAGGGCAGCCUCGUCCUCCUCCGCGUCGCCCUUGGCGAAGUAAUGAACAGCAUGGAACCCGACAUCAGCGAAUACUUCAUCUAUCGCGCCGGCGCGGAGGGCCCGUCCCUCACGCAGCUCCCGCACCCUGGACCCAUCGUCCUCCCUCAACAUCCUCAUGUUGCCAUCGUGCGCUACUGCAGAAAGCCCCGCCACGACUGCAGCCACUGCAACUACACCAUCGCCUCACUCUACCGGGGAGCUGAUGGCCCGCCCGAAUCUUUCUACCUAUGCCUUUACCGCUCCGACACUAUGACUUGGAGCAGGGAGACGAUACCAGACAAGGAGGUGCCCAAUUCUUGCCUUUUCACAAGCAAGACCAUCACCAUCGGAGGAAAACGUGGCACGGUUGGAUGGGUCGAUCUCUUGCAGGGUAUCGUCUUCUGCGACGUGCUAGCCGACACCAGACAACACACGCUUCACUACGUUCCGAUACCAUCUCUUCUCGCGGAACGCGAGGAUCUGUCCUGCCCUGCGGCGGACAUCGCUGUCGUCAAUGGCUUCAUCAGCUACAUCGAGAUGAAGGUCCGGGUCGUGCCGGGCUCCUGCUCCAGGUACGGAGCCUACACCUCAGAUGGCUGGGUCGCCGUCAAAUGGACCAUGAAGAUCACUGAUUCCUUGUCGGAUCCUUGGCACCUGGACUGCCAACUUGAUUCCUCUGAGAUAUCCGAUGCCCUGCCCAAGCUGCUGGUCGAUGCAGAUACUCCUCAGCCAACAUUGCAGACGCUUCACAUUGGUCAACCCACCUUGAGCCUGCUAGAAAAUGGCGUUGUCUACUUCCUCGCCAAGAUUGACCACCGGGACCAAGACCGCAAAGCUUGGGUGCUUGCUGUUGACAUGGAGACAAACAAGAUACAGGGUGUGGAUGAGUUUGGCGCUGAAAGAACUCUUGGUUUGGGACCAACCUUCAUUGCAAGUAGGGUAUCCGCAUAUCUUUAAGUUGCACCAGAUGCAAAGGGGAUGCAGAAAAAACUAGCAAUGCGGUUGCCAGGAUACUCUACCAAGAAGCCCAACAUAGAUGGUGUGAAGUGUGUACCAUUUUGGCCUUCAGGUGUUAAGCACAGUGAAAAGGAGGUUGAGGCUCCUUAUUGAUGGUUCCUCGUGGUCAUGCAAGAUCGAGGCUCCUUAUUCAUCAUGUUUCGCAGUUGUGUUAUGGGAGAUGACAGUUAUGUCUUUUAGAUUAGUCUUUGGUCUCUCUGGCCUUUGUUUACUGGGGGUGUGCGGGUGGAUGCUGCGGGAGCAAGUUUUUUAUGUUGUAUCUUCCUAUCUAUUUUGGUCGUGUCGCUUGUUUUAUCAUUAUGUCAUGUCGGUCCAGUUAACAAUUUUAUUUAACUCAGUUAUGCCAGUAGAAUGUAUUUGACCGUUGGUUGCUUUGUUUA